UUCCCCAGUAUUUUUAUGCUGUUGAAUCUCUUGUUAAAAUUAAUACUGUGUUCAAGCUUUCCAAGGUCUCCAAUUCUUCCCUUUCCCGCUGUGUCUUUUCCAAUAGCUUCCUAUUUUAAUACAGUCUAAUGCCUCUUCUCACGUAAAACGUGAAAGGGAAAAUCUCAGUUGUUUUUACCAUUGAGCAAAAUAAUACUGAUUGACAGCAUCCCUCUUCAAAAAAAGGAGAAUAAAUACUCAUCUUACUAGUGAAGCGUGACCUUUUGAUAACCACAUUUACAAAGCAGCUCACAUAUCAAUCGGCACAGCAAAUUCUAAAAGAAUUUCAUUAGCAGUCCCUUAUAAACAACAUUCUUAACAAAUUCUUUAUUUCCGUUAAAGAAAAAGUCCCACUGCAUAUCUUCUCGUUUUACAAGCAUAAAAUGUAGUGACUAGAUUAAACAAAGGAGCCUUAGAAUCUAGUCAAUUUUCUGAACCUCACAGCUAAAAACCAAAACACUAAGGCACUUCGAUUUUUCUUUCUAAAUGCAUUUGAUUAAGAUCCAAGCGUUAUGCCACUCUGCUCUAGAAUUUGUCUUUCAACUUAGUAAUACAAGAAAUAACAACUGAUAGGAGAUGUUCCUUUACACUGCGCAGGAAAAACAUCGAAUGUGUUAUUCCUCUACAUGCAGAACAGACAGCACCAGGGAAUUUUUCUACCCAAUAGCUCAGGAAACCCUGCUUUGUUUGUGCUUUCUGUAUUAUUAUUACUACUACUACUAUAGGGAAAAAAGGGGUAAUAAAAGCAGCAUUACUCAUUAACCCAGCCUUGCUUACUCAUUGUCCUUCAUCUGAUUUAUUAAACACUGCCAAGUUUCAAAGUACAUUUAUAAAUUAAUCUGGAUAAUGCAUGCAUGGUGCUUCAGGUAAUUCCACAUUUGUUUACUGGUUGAAGACACAGAUGUUACUCUGCACACAUCUUCAAUCAUCUGGUGAAACCAGCACAUUAACUAUGGUGUUUUCUUUUCUAAGAUCUCAAUUUGCCUUUUUUUUUUUUUUUUGUUAUUUUGUUAAAUCCAAAGGCCUCCUGUUAAUCUGCAAGAUUAGUUUAUAAUCCUACCUUUGUCAUGACUGUUCUGUUUUCUAAACAAAGGUUUAGAAAGGUUACUCAUGUAUUUGCAGUAGAAAUUAAACAGAUGAAAGGACAUACGGACAGUACUCUGACACUGACUGCAGACUGCUCAAGCGAUGAACACAGUUUAAAAAGUGGUCAUUGAUAUUAUGAAAAAGAUGCAAAUUAAGUAAGUCAGGCUGAAUAAUAAGUCACAUAAGAAAUGGGUGAGAGAAGCCCAAAUUUUUCCAUUGCUACUCAAUAAGCUAGUGUUAAAAAUACCAGCUUGCUAUGAUCUCAGACGCUUGCAAAUGAGGAGUCCAGAAAAUAAAGACAAUCAGUCUUCAUACUGAGGCAGGAGGGACUGGCAGCUGCUUUGGUUCUAGUGAAGCUCCACACAUUAAUUUCUAGUGGGGUAUUCUCCAAAUACAGCAUGAAAUACCAACGCCCUCCUGCAGGCCAGUGACUUUAAAAAUAACUACUGCAAAAAAUUUUUAAAGCAUAGAAAAAUGAGCGAUCAUUUACUCCAAGUAAAAGUUUAUGUCAAAGGACUUUCAAUAAAUGUUGCAUUUUGAAAAAGCAAACAAAUCCAGGUUCCCAUGUGGAUGACACAGGUGGAACUGGUCUAAAACUAAAAGUAUUUACAAGGAACAGAGAAAUAAAGACAGUGUCCUUUUUCCAUUCACCAAACCAGAUAUUUUUUGCCAUGACAACAGUUAGAUUAUAUCACAGAGACCAUACCCUUCCAAAUAUACUUCAACUACAGCAAGUUACAGGCAUAGAACCAACUCCACCUUCCCAGGUUUCAGUAAGCGCAGUAGGUAUGAUUUGUUGUUGCAUCAUACAUAUGCAAACAUUUUUUUACCUGUCGGUACUGUUGGAUACUAAGCUUCAGUUCUGCUUUUUUAAAAAGCUGACUACCCCUUAAUGAAAAAAAGGACAGAUUUUUAGCUCAACAUUUUGAAAUGCUGAGAUAAAAAGCGGAAAGAAAUUUUGCAGUUUUGCAAAUUCAGAAAGAUUGUUCCUUCAGAUUAAGGUCUUCUGGAACAGAUGCUGGUUUUAUGAUAGCACAGGGUUUCCUCUACUGCCUCUAUUUACAGAGCUUCCCUUAACGUCUGUCUGCCAUACCUGCAAACUGUGCCUUAAUUUACUCUGAGGUUUUCUCAAUUUAUUUCUGACAAACAAGCUAUUUUUAUCUGAACAUGUCUAAAAUACACCAGCCUUCCUACUCGUUUCUAGAACCCCAAAGCUUCCUAAUUCCAGUAAAUUUAAACUGUUAAUUUUUUACUUAUUAAAACCAGCAAGAACCUCUAUAAAAGUAAACACAGUAAACAUUCUCCUUUGGAAGGAGGUAUUGCAUGUUACCUUUUAAACUUCCAGCUACUAGAAAUCACCACAGGCAAUCCUUUGCUAUACUUAUUUGCUACAAAUUGGAAAGUUUCAGCAGGCAAACAGUUAAGAACUGGGGGAGGGAGAAGAGGAGGAGAGGGUUCGUUUCUUUUCCAGUUCUCAUCAUCCAGCAUGCUCUGUUAACAGCACAGAGGUUAAAGCCUCCGAGGUAAAGCAAUACUAUUUAUAAUCAGCAGCAAUGUACUCUACAUAUUUGAAAGUCUGAUUUCUGUCCAUGAUAUGCUGUCUCGGAAAGAGGGGCAGAGAAAUUUGGAGAAGCGCAAGUUUAGUCUCUUUAUUGUGAAGCAGAGGACGUUUCUGAAGCUAAACAGCAUUGCUGCAGAAUAAAUACGCGAAGCAUUGCGGGAAGCCAGAUGAAACCUUAAAUGAAAACAUUCGUGUUAAUGUUUAACCCCUUUCACUUAUGCGGGACCUCCACACAAGCGACAGAAUGAAGAAUGCUGCCUGAAUUCUGCUGAAGGACAAUGGGACUUUCUUUAUUUUCAUUAUGCUGCCGUCUCCUGGCUAAUUUUGUACAAGACUGAAGAGCACUACUGACAGAACAUACAAGCAAAAUGGAUGAACCCUCUACCUAACAUACAACUCCACUUUCUGGAACGCUAAGUGGAAGAGAGGCAUUCUCCCAGCACGAAAUCCAGUGCAUGCCAGGAAGGACAAUAAUCUGAACGCUUAAUUAAACUAUGAUGAGAAGACAGUACCUGGAAAAUAUAAGAUGAACCCACUUGAUGCUACAAAAUCAGGAUUUUUAGUGUGCAUUGCUGUCUGUCUGUUCAUCUACACUUUUAUCUGCCUAAAGGAUAAGCUUUCUGAAGAGCCAAAUGGCCGAAAGUUUAAUGCAAAUAUAGCAGAGUGUGGGUUUUACCCAGAUGAGCUUUGUUCAGCUCUUUUCAUGGGGAAAACUGCUGCCUUAAAAAUUGGAAACUUCUGUCAGAAUACCUACCAACCCAAACCACUCAACUGCAUUCAGACUUCGUGCAACUGUUCCAUGGUUUUGAAGACUCUGCAUUUUAUCACAAGACCACUGUCAGAUGAAGAAGGGAAUUUCUCAUUGGCAUACAUUAUCACGAUUCACAAGGAGCUGGAAAUGUUUGUAAAGCUACUGAGAGCUAUUUAUAUGCCUCAGAAUAUUUACUGCGUACAUGUUGAUGAAAAGUCACCAAAACAUUAUAGAGCUGCUGUACAAAAUAUCGUUAAUUGCUUUGAAAAUAUUUUUAUUUCCUCAAAAAGGGAAAAUGUUGUUUAUGCAGGAUUUUCAAGAUUACAAGCUGAUAUUAAUUGCAUGAGAGACCUAGUUCAUUCCAAAAUUCAGUGGAAUUACGUUAUUAAUCUAUGUGGUCAAGAUUAUCCCAUUAAAACAAACAAAGACAUUAUACAAUACAUCAAAAGUAAAUGGAAUGGUAAAAAUAUGACUCCUGGGGUAGUCCAACCACUUCAUAUGAAACACAGGACACAGGUUAGUUACAAGGAGUAUGUACAUUCUGGAAUGUCAUAUGUAUAUCCAACAAAGAAUAUAAAAGCUAAACCUCCAUACAACUUGACAAUAUAUUUUGGUAGUGCCUAUUACAUACUCACUAAAGAAUUUGUAGAGUUUACAUUGACUGAUGCACGUGCAAAAGAUUUGCUCGAAUGGUCAAGAGACACGUACAGUCCGGAUGAACACUACUGGGUGACACUGAAUCGUUUAAAUGAUGCUCCAGGGGCUACACCCAAUGCAGACUGGGAAGGAAAUAUACGAGCCAUUAAAUGGAAAGAUCAAGAGGGAAUCGUGCAUAAAGGCUGCAAAGGUCAUUACAUCAGAGACAUUUGUGUUUACGGAUUAGGGGAUCUGCAGUGGAUUAUUGAGUCACCUCAUCUGUUUGCCAACAAAUUUGAGCCUGCAACAUAUCCGCUUGUUAUGGACUGCCUAGAGAGACGCCACAGGCUUAAAGUACUGCACCAGGCAGAAGUCCCCAUCGAAGAGCACUGGCGUUUUCAGGAAGAGAACUACUUCAACAUGAAACUGAAUGUUUGACCUUUGCUAACAUCGAAACAAGUGUUCAGACUGACGGCAACCAUUAACAUUUUUAGCCACAAACUUCACUCUGUCCAUUACAGCAUGAGGGUAAGCACAAUGCUGUACUGCCAGUGAAAUACACAGCUUUUAUUUAUUCCAGUAUGAUAAAGAGCAACAACUGCUAAUGGGUUAAUUCUCAAAGGGGACAUGCCUAAAUCUCUAACUUACUGAAGACAAGGGGGAAAUUCACAAUCCUUUAAGUGACUUAUUUAACUGGAAAAAUACAUAUUCCUCAUGUCUGCAGCCAAAGCAAGGACUAACUGGUACGGAAAUAAUAAAAUGGAAGCACCAACUGAACAAAGAUAAAAUAUUAAAAGCACAAAUUAAAGUCAUGUCUACUGUAUGUCUGAUGAAAUACAUUGUUUUGAAUAAUGAAGUUCACACUAAAAUUUUAGAGCUUGUAAAUAGGCAACUGUCAACCAGUUUCAGACACAGUCCGCUUCGCUGUUCUUUGUGAGGCUCUUUUCCAGGGCCAGCUGCAUCUCUAAUUUCAUUAUGUAGCACAGCAACCUCACCUGUGCUACUCAGGCUUUGCUCCUGAUGAAAACAGGGUGUGUGCCAGUAGCAGGGGUCCUGCAAACCAUGUUUACCUUUAAGUCUCUGUUUCUGAGUCUCUGCAGCAGUUUAGGGCAAGGAGACAUGGAAAAUUUGAGGCCAGGGAACAAAGGAAAAAUGAGUGAAAAGUCAUCUUUCAAUCCCAGUGUACUUGUCCAAGGGAAAGAAGACUUCCCUGAACCUUGCAACAGUCUGCAGCAAUUGGAGAUAACACCUAACAGCAACCAGGACAAGUAUCUUUUCUCCCAAACCCUCUGCAGACCAACCACAGUGAGAAAGUGGCUUUCAACAGACAACAUAGGCAAAAGCAGGGACGAGUAAUAAAAAAGAAUAAAGAUCCAGCCCCUUGUCCAGGCAAGAGUUGCUGUUUCCGCUUCAGGACUCCUAAGUUAAUAAUUUCAUUUGUGCAACUAAAAAGAUUGGGGGAAUAUAAGGGAACAGAGGAUAUAUGACUACCCUUGCACCGGAUUAAAGCUCUACACUCUCCAAAGGUCUUUAGAUAGGGGCUACUGAUGGAAAGAGAGUAGGAAAAACCUGAAUUGUGAGAAAUCAUUUCAAACUAUUCAUCCUCUUCUAGAGGUAUUUUCAGAAGAAUGCAGAUUAAACUUUAACUACAAUAAAUCCAAUUAUUUUGCAUGAACGGAUGCGAACAAAUUAAAUACAUCCAUCCCGUUACUUAUAAGUUCACUUGAUUAGAAACUAUGAAUUAUAAAUAAAUGCCUAGGAGAAAUUUAGACGUAAGCUUCAACAUGUACCCAAAAUAUAACUCACUUUUUACAGGAAAACUCACUUAUAGAUGAAGCAUUUUUCCAAAAUAUCAAAUGAAUCAACAAAAGACCCAAUAAUAGAACAUGAAAGUUUAAUACAAACUUAUUCCCAGUUUCUUGGAACUGUACUGCUCAUUUUCCCACAUGAAUUUCUCGGAAAUGUAACUUCUUUCAAAUGAACUUUAACCUAAAAGAAAGAUCAUCUGGUCCCUAUUUAUUUACACAAACUUACAAACUCAACCCAAAGGCCUGUACUCAGUUUCAUGGAUAAUCCAGGACUUAUCUUGUGGCUAAAUAUUGCUGCAGAUGCUUUUUUAUGGAGGGAAAUAAAG